AAUGGCUACCGCAUGAAUUUGGAAAUGUGUAUAGCGAAUCAGAGAUUUAAAUAGGCCCCACACAAGGGUGCGCCCAAAUAAGGGUCACGCCCAUCGCGCUGGGUGGGUCACGUGUUCACCAUCAGCUGUCCCAGGUCAGUGCUUGCGCAGCCCCAAUCGAUCCUGCUUAGCCGCCCUACCCGCCCCGGUGAGCAGGCCGUGACAGACCGUCGCGAUCGCCGAUCCGAGCGAGCCCGACUUAACCCAAUAGUAUACCGCAUGGAGUGCUAGUGCAGGCCGAAGUGGGGUUGUCGAACACGAUCAGGUGCAGUUUCUCAGGUUAUUUUUUCUUUUGCCAUCAUCUUUCACUUUGAAUUCACUGGUGAGACAGCUAGUUGACAAUGCCUUCCUACAAGCUAAGUUACUUCAACGUCCGUUAUUGCCCGGAAAUCACCAGAUUGCUGUUUGUUUCUUCUGGAAUCGAAUUUGAAGACAAUCGACUUGAGUUCGAUGGAUUUGGCCAGCUGAAAGCAACUGGCAAGUUGCCUCUUGGUCAAGUCCCAAUCCUUGAAGUUGAUGGUCGUCUUAUGAUCCAGAGUCGAGCUAUCCAGAGAUAUGUGGCAAGGGAAGUUGGCAUGUAUGGCAGCAACAACCUGGAAUGUUUAAUAAUUGAUGAAGUGACGGAAACCUUUGAUGAGCUCCUUGCCGAUGCUGCACCAUGGCUGUAUCGAGAGAAGGAUCCAGAGAAGAAGGCUGAACUCGAAAAGGAAUACUUGGAGGAGAAGGGACCUCGAAGACUCAAGUACCUUGAGAAGAAACUUGAGUCCAGCGGAACAGGAUUCUUUGUCGGAUCAAAGAUGACCCUCGCUGACCUCGCUGUAUUCAACAUUUUGGACAUCCUGAACGACAGGAUGCCUGCUGUCAUCGCAAACUACCCGGCCCUUUUGGCGCUCAAGGCCAAGGUUGAAUCUGAUGAGAAGAUCGCUAAAUACCUCUCAGCAAGACCAAAGACCUCCAUGUAAAGUGCUAUAAUAGAUCAAACACAUCCGAGUCAGAAAUCUUGGUGCACAGAGAAGUUGUUGCAAACUUAAUGACAAGGAACUUCACAUUGAAAAAUGAAAAUACCCACCAGCUAGAUUGGACAGGCCAUUCUUUUCAGUAUGGUGCUUUUAUAUUCAUACAUCUCUGUGAAAUACCUUCAUGAAAAUGAACACAUUCACCUGUUAAAACAUCACUGCAUUUAAAAUGCAAUUGUCAUACCCAACGUAAUAGAUAAUACAUCCAGUUUUCAUUUCAAAUAUUGGAAUACAGAUACUGUAACACGACAAUGAAACAAUAUGCAUUGAUGCUCUGUACAAAGAUGAUGAGGCUUUACUGUGUAAUGUGUUUGUGAUACAUGUAUAUUUGGUUGAUUCUGAAACUUAAAACAUUCUAUUACUCUGUGCUAUUAUCAUGCAUUUUUGCAUGAUUUAGAACCUUUUUAUAAAAAAAAUCAUAGAAAUUAUAUCUCUGAAAGAGAACUGUGUGUACUGUAAAUCCUUACCUCUUUGGUUCCAAAGCAAUAAGAUGAUUUUCUCAAAGAAAAAUGACAGUUCUAUUUUUUAAAGGUUUACCAAAUGAUUUUGCUUGUAUAAUGUGAAAUAUUUAUUGUGAAUUUUUUCUGAGACAAUCAUUAAUAUAACAAACAUUUUUAAUUAUUUAGUCUGAUUAAAGUUGUUUGGUAUCUCACUUUGUGUGAUAUCGAAUUUUGAGUAAUUGAGUCAUAAUACUGUCAUCAUCAAGUCCAUAGAAAACGGACCAGUUUCAUUUAGCAGCUAUGCUGCUUGCAGCUGACCCCUUAUUGGGUGAUUUCAAGUUCGGUGUUCAGUGUUGGUGUUGAGAGCGUAAAAAGGCCGCUGAACCGAGCUCCAACACCGAGCUGGGUUCAGAGGAAUGAUACCGAUUGCGUUAUCGAUAGCACAUGACGUCACGCCUCUGCGCUGCGCUGCCAAAUCAUCUCAACUUCACGCGAGCAGUCUCGACGACGAAAAUGAAAUCGGAGAGAAAUGCAUUAAAUUCUCAUCGUACAGAAUACAAAUGCUUUAAUUAAUUCAAGAAUUCGAAAGAGUGAACAUUAUUCUUCAUCAAAAUAUAUACAGCUCAAAUGAUUUGUACUCAUCUUAACUGUAAAAGCUAAUUUUACGGGAUGUUUCAUCGUGUUCGCCGCCUGUUCACGAGCUUGAGAUUGCCAACACCAUCACCAACACCGAACUUGAAAUCAUGAUUUUCCCAAUGAAUCCCUGGGGGUUGGUGUUGGUGAAUGGGGAAAUUGCACGUAGAUCGUCAACACCAGCCGCAGUGCUGGGUUCAGCAGACGACAUUCAACACCAGCAUUCAACACGAACUGCCGGAAAUACGUCAUAUUUUCCGAGGUCAAUCCCAACACCAGCCUGAUUUCAAGUACGGUGUCGUGGCUGGUGUUGGUGUUGUCACAACACCAACACCAGAUUUCAACAACGUACUUGAAAUCACCCAUUGUUUUUUCUUACGGAAAAUAAGAGGGUUUUGAACGAAAGAAGAGGACCAAGAUGGGAUACAUCAUGUAAAAUAAGACCAAAAUUGGCUAGAACUUUUGUGAAAGCUUAAAUUUUAAUUUGGAAAAAUGCCUUACUGUGAAAUGAUUAAAUUGGAUGUUCUGCUGCUAGUCUUGGGUUAAUAUAGAGCGUCUGGCAGUCCAGAAGUUUUAGAGUUGGUCUGGAAUUGGUUCCUAUUGGAUAGAAGUUACUGCUAUGUAAACUUUGCAAUUCAGUGAUAACUACCAUGGUAACUGUGUGAAUCAUAAUUAUAAUGAUUCUAUGGAAGUUGCCACUGAAUAGUAAUUUUUAUGCAAUGAGGCCCUGAUCUUUGGUGAAUUUGUUAAAGGUACUACCAGACCUGCCAACCAGUACGUUUUUGGCGUAUUAAGUACGUUUUUGCAACCAAAAUACGGCAGUACGUUUUUUGUCUUUAAAAAAUACUUUUUUGUAAAAAAAAAAAAAAAAUUAUUGAGAAAAAUCAUCUCUAUAUGUCUCUAUUUCAUAAAACUUACACAAAUAUGGUUAUUAGAUCAAUGUAAUUUCAGGUAACUUGUUUUUUUUUCAAUCAUUUUGUUAAAACCAUGGUGAGAUAUGCACAUGUUUCAAUGUUUUUUUUUUCAUCUGCAAGAGCAGUGCGCAUUUUAGCUUGCAUGCAGCUUGAGCGCCGCGAUGAGCGAGUGCGCCACGGAUUUUAUUAUGAAAUACACUUUUUUGGGGAAAAAUACAUUUUUUUUAAUCACAGAAUACAGUUUUUCAUUCCCAGAGGUUGGCAGGUCUGUACUACUGCAACACAGUGCUAAACGGAAACCAGGCUAGUUCUGAACAAGUGAAUAAAUAAACACAUUGCUAAUUAACCCUUUGCACGCUGAUGUUGCAAUCUUGCACAUUCGUACAAUUAAAUUCAACAAUCGUAAUAAUUAUCUUUCUCCACUUGAAAUUAGAGAAGCUAACAAAAUGCAAUAGUUCUUGGAUAACAACUAUACAAUAAUCACAAGUAUCACUUGUGCGAUAUGGAAAUCAUGAAUCAAGAAAAUAACAUGGAAACAAUUGUGAUUAUUAUCCCCCCAAAUAUAACUCGGCGUGCAAAGAGUGAAUAGUGUGUUCAUGUGAAGCUGAUUCUUGUACUAUACUAGCUCUUAAGAAUCACAUCAGUUGUUCAUAAUCUCCUGCAUUCACUAUGAUAUAGAUCAUUUCUGGUUAAAAAUUGCUAUUUGAAGCAUUUGAAGCAAGGUGAUUCACAUGCAUCAUAAAAGAAAAUAGCUUGUACUUUGCUCUCUAGUUUUUCUUUAGUUUGUAUUGUGUUAUUCUAAAUUUCCUGCAUUCAAUAUGAUAUGGAUAAUUUCCUGUUUAAAAUUACAAAGGGAAGCAAUAUUAAUAAUAUGCAUCAUAAAAGUAAAUAGCUUGGAUUUUGCUCUCAAAUUUGUUUAUAGUUAGCAUUGUCUUUAAAAUGGAUAUUCUCUUACAACAUACACAAAAUAAAUGAUCUGACUCUGAAGGUUUUCUGUACACUGCCCAUUAAUUAACCUUGUAUAUCUAAAGUAUUAAACUAUCAUCAGGACAAUUUGAUACCUCUACACUGCGUGCCAAAAGCAAAAAAAAACAACUUCUAUAUGCUAUACAGAAAUCGUCAGUUUGAUAUAAGCAUUUAUUGAUUCUCUUCUGGUGUUUAAGUACAAGUAUACAUGUAGCGUUGUCACAACUGAAUUUUAAAUGUUUUCUUUUAUGUCAUACAUUUAAAGAAGGUGUUGAUAAUAUAUAAGUACUGUCAUCUUUUUGUGAUGUAACUAUAUAUAUAAUCAUGUAUCUUUGCUCUUAUUAUUGAUUGGUAAAACAGCUUGUGUUUUUUUAAAUUCAGGACCCAGUCCUGUUUGAGACAUGUCAUAUGCUUGUAAUCAUACUUUUACGAUGUAAAUAAUUUUUGGUUUUAAAGAAGGAAAAAAGUUGAUCAGUAAAAAGAAAGAGAAGGGCAUAUUUCAUGUAAACACAAUAUGAUUCAAUAUUACAUAGAAACAUGAAUACUUUAAUAUAUAAAACACAAAUACAGGUUGUAUAAACAGUCAAGAUAGAUAUUUUGACAAUAAUUGUGAUAUAAGUUCAAAGUUCCAAUUAUGUCUCAUUGCUGUUAUUGAUUUGUAAAACGGUGUGUUUUGAUUUAGGACCUAGUUCUAUUCAAGACAUUUCAUAUGCUUGUAAUAUCACUUUUAUGAUGUAAUCAUUAUUUGUUUCAAAGAGGGAAAAAAAAUCGAUCAGUAAAAAGAAUGAGAUAAUUAUAAAGAAAUGAAAUUUAUUG